CUAUUGUCUCUGGUUGGCGAUUGUCGUUUCCCAAGAUUCGCAGCAUAGAUACUCACUUUCCAACAGCCAUGAUUCCUUACCAGCGUACAAGCAGUUGGGAAUCCAAAGGUACUAAAAAGUUGGUGGAGGGGUUGAAGAAAUUCAAUUCUUGUGUGCAUCAACCAGAAUCUAAGCGAGCCAAACCAGAAAGGUACCGGGGCAUAUAUUUUUCCGCUAAUUCUGUGGGCGGAAAUUUUGUGCUCCACCGCCCUCAGCCCUCUUGGCCCUUCCUCCAAGCCUAGGACAGAGGGCAUCACGUGAAAAGAUUUGACACUAGCCCGCUUUUGAGAAUAGCGCUGAUAGGUGGCGGUGUUCAGCGU